AUGCAGAUGGGAGCCGAACACAAGCUCGAUUUGACUUCCGAUACCACCCAUCUCAUUGUCGGUAGCACGGACACUCUGAAAUACCAAUAUGUUGCAAGAGAAAGGGAAGACAUUAAAGUGCUGCGCCCGGAAUGGAUUGAAGCUGUUCGAGACCAUUGGAUCAAAGACUUGCCUUUAGACCUCGACGCCCUCACCCAGCAAUUUCGCGUGCCCACCUUGGCCGGAUUGAAAAUAUGCAUCACAGGCUUUGAUGACCUUGCAUUUCGUGCCCAAGUGCAGAAGAACGUCAAAGAAAAUGGCGGGGAGUACACAGGAGAUUUGACCAAAGAUGUGACCCACCUCAUCGCUGCAAAGCCCGAAGGGAAAAAAUAUGAAUAUGGCAUGCAAUGGCAGAAAAAAGUUGUCAGUCUCAAAUGGUACCAGGACACACUCGAAAGAGGCAUGCAAUUGGACGAGCAACUUUAUCAUCCUACUGUUCCUGUACCUGAACAGGGCGUCGGGGCAUGGAAUCGAAAAGCUCGGCGUUCUCCCCAACUUGGUAAACGGACUAGGGAAGACAAUGUCGGCCCAGAACGCUCUCGGAAACUCCGAAGGACGGCGAGUGCCAGGCUUGGAGGUCAAAGUCAAGAUAUGUGGUCGGAUAUUGUGGGCGGUGCUGGAUUUGAGGCCAAAAAGGUUGAGCGUCCGCAGUUGAAGCCUUCAAUUUCUAUGCCAGCUCUUCGAGAGUCUGCCGGCCCAGCAAUUGCAACCCGCACUCCUCGAGCUGAAUCCGUCGACCGUGAUCCCAAUCUCGGCACAAAACCCGCGAGUUUGGGCUUCCUGGCUGGUCGUCUGUUCCUAGUGAAAUGUUUCAACGAGAUAAAGAAGAAUCACCUGCAAAAAAUAUUACUCGAGUACGGUGCAACAGUCACGAGUGAGGGAGAAGAUGCGGAUGAGAACAAUCCCGACAAUAUAAUCUCCAUUCUGCCCUACGAUAUAGGCAAGAACGGUUCGAUGCCAACAAGACUCGUCGAAGGCGGCGUUCAGGCAGUGUCGGAGCUCUGGCUGGAAAGAUGCAUGCUUGCAAAGUCUUUCAUAGACCCGGGCAGAUACCCGCUCGGGCAGAUCCUGAGUGGUCCCCUCUCGUGUUUGAAGGAUAUGACCAUCAACGCAACCGGCUUUGAUGGACUGGAAGCCGUGCAUAUCGUGAAGAUUGUCACCUUGUUGGGCGGGACUUACUCACAGAUGUUUAAUUCAGGAGUCUCAAUACUUAUCUGCAAGGCUGGCAAUGCUAAAAAGGACAAACUUGAUCUGGCACAGCAUUGGGUCAUCCCUGCGGUCACCGAGGAAUGGCUGUGGUCAACAAUCAAGAAUCAGACCAAAGCAGGCGUUGAAAGCUAUCUUGUCGCCCCAAGUCGAGCGCGUAUCGCGACCGAGAGAUCAGCGCAUAAGAGGAGCGCCGCGGAAGAUUACGUCGAAGUGAGCACGAUUCCUCUACAACGAAAUACAGUCGACCACAGAGCGAACAGACCGUCCAAACCAGUCGGGACUGGAACAGAUCUUCGAUCCACGGUAGAAAAACCGGCGAGGGAAUCACAUUCUCGUCUUCAUGUCCAGCAGGAACCAGCGGAGAAGACACAUGAACAACGCCAAGAAGAACCAUUGGUCUCUAGUAACACGAGUGGUGCUUCAGGACGAAGUGAGGCCAAAGCAACCCUAUAUGGGGAUGGCAACUGUGCGCUGCGUGUACUAUCUCCCAAUGGCAGAAACUUACGUUUAGUGGAACCUAAUCGACCGUUGAUUCAAUCGCUAGACGGUACCUCGAGGAUGGAAGAUUCAACAUCGAAAGAGAACGUUCCGGCGCCAAUCAAAGGCGAUGCACGAUCUGGAGUUCAAAGCAAACCCACAGAUAUUGCAGCAAUCAAUGGUGCCAUUCGAGACAUUCUGAACGAGCACUCUAGAAAGAAGUCUGGCAACAGCAAUCAAAAUGAACCAAUCAAGAAGAAGAGCCGGUUGUUUGGACGAGCGCUGAGCAACUUGUCCAACUCGUCAGCGGCUUCAAACGUAAGAUGCUCCAGGGCCAGUUCGAUUGACAGUAUGAACACGGAUGGAGUUGGUAGCGAAAUUGUCACCAUGCAGUCCGUCGAGACACACAGCGGCGAAGGCACAUGUACAGCUGAAAAAGGAACCUUCAGCUUCACCGGUCGGGCAAAGCAGACUCUAGCUGCACUCAAAUCAGCUCCCUUUGAGAUGGACGAUCCAGACAUGCCGAGGACGGUGGGUUUCUCGGGCGAGCAGGAUGCAGCACCACCCAUGACGCAGCUAGGUUAUGAAGAUCCCGAAGAAGCAAUCUUGUUGCGGGAGAAACUGGCAGCUUCGAGAAGAAAAGGAUCGGGAAAGGAGGGCCCCAGCAAAGGGGAUGGGGAAGCUCCACCCUCGAGGCGACUGAAGACGGCGGAGCGUAAGAUUCGAGACGAUGACUUACUUGCGAGUGUAAAUGCCGGGUGGGGCGCUGGAAGACGGACCAGGCACAAGCAACGAAGCCUGCCGGAUCAAGGGCUCGAGGAAUUUUGA